AUCGCUACCAGAGGAAAGGCGUGAAGGCGCGUCUGAACUGGUGGGGAGGUUGCGGUGGCGGCGGCAGCUGGGGGCAUGGAUAACGCGGGGAAGGAGCGUGAGGCGGUGCAGCUGAUGGCAGAGGCCGAGAAGCGGGUCAAGGCUUCCCACUCCUUCCUCCGAGGGUUGUUUGGAGGAAACACAAGAAUAGAAGAGGCUUGUGAAAUGUAUACAAGAGCUGCAAAUAUGUUCAAGAUGGCUAAAAACUGGAGUGCUGCAGGAAAUGCCUUUUGUCAGGCAGCCAAGCUCCACAUGCAGCUUCAGAGCAAACAUGACUCUGCUACCAGCUUUGUGGAUGCUGGGAAUGCUUACAAAAAGGCGGACCCCCAAGAGGCUAUCAACUGCUUAAAUGCAGCCAUCGACAUUUACACAGACAUGGGAAGGUUUACAAUUGCAGCCAAGCACCACAUUACCAUUGCUGAGAUCUAUGAGACUGAACUUGUAGACAUCGAGAAGGCCAUCGCACAUUAUGAGCAGUCGGCUGAUUAUUACAAAGGAGAGGAAUCCAACAGUUCAGCUAACAAGUGUCUGCUGAAAGUGGCAGCAUAUGCUGCCCAGCUUGAGCAGUACCAGAAAGCCAUCGAGAUCUACGAGCAGGUUGGGGCAAACACCAUGGAUAACCCUCUGUUGAAGUACAGUGCAAAAGAUUACUUCUUUAAAGCAGCUCUCUGUCACUUCAUAGUAGAUGAAUUGAAUGCCAAGCUUGCUCUUGAGAAAUACGAGGAAAUGUUUCCAGCAUUUACUGAUUCAAGAGAAUGUAAAUUAUUGAAAAAACUUCUAGAAGCCCAUGAGGAACAGAACAGUGAAGCGUACACCGAAGCGGUGAAGGAAUUUGACUCAAUAUCUCGCUUGGAUCAGUGGCUUACUACCAUGUUGCUUCGUAUCAAAAAGUCCAUCCAAGGGGAUGGUGAAGGAGAUGGAGACCUAAAGUGAAAUGAUUAUGUCUUUGUGGCAUGCAGCUAACUCCUCUUUAGUUCCAUGUUAGGGCCAAGUGAUCUUCCUGGGAUGCCCACUUAAUGGCUGUUGUUGCACAUGAGCCAAGCAGUGUGUUUUUGAAGCUCGCUGUGUUUGUGUCCCUGUGAGGCAGAUGAGUAGGAAGCCCCUGUGUUUGUUGUGGGUGUGAUAGGGUUAUUUCAUGCUUGUCAGUGUCCUCAGUGUUUCCUGAGAACUACUUCAGAAUUUUAGUCCUGUUGCUUUGAUAUUUGCAGAGCCCAUGUUUAAUUUUGUCCCAUAUUUUUAUGUCUGUUUUCUUGGACUGGCAUACAAUCCUAGUUAUUCUAAUAGAUGCUUUGCAUACUUUCUGCAAACCUGCAUCUGGAUGUUUCCGCUGAAUGUAUGACUUUAGGAUGAUUGUUAGGAAUAAGUUUAUGACUUUGCUUAUUAGAAAUUGUUUAUUUUUUUGUUAUCUUGUGGUUCCUUUGAUGGUGCUGUAGUUAGCUUGCUUCUUACAUUGUUGUGUAUGACAGUGUGUGUGCAACCGUGCCAAACCAGCAGAGUGAGAGGAGGUGGCUGGCUCAGGUGUGGUGGAUGUCCAGGUGGGUCUGACUGCUCUGUGCUCACACACACACACAAAGAUCUGUAAGCAAUGGAAUGUUUCCUGUUGUGGAAAGAGUUCCCACUUUUAGUUGAGUGGAUUUCCUUAAUUCACAAAUUCCUUUAUAUUCACAUAAAGGUGUUUUAAGUGGGACAUCCCUUUUCUUUACUCCCAUGUGUGUACGGUUUCCCUGUGCACGACCGUCACGGCAAUCCUCUUCAGGCCAGGACAUUAUCUAAGUUGAAGCUCGAGAAAGGGUAUCAUUAAUUUUAUCUGCUUACUUAUGUGAUGGGUUAGGUAGGAUAAUAUAAUGCAGAGGUUCAGUGUAUGUCCAGUUGGGGAAGAGGCCCAACUAGCUUCUGAGGGGACGUGCUACUCUUCUGAGCUGAAGUAAUUGUUUAGCUUGUGUGUUUGAAUUCCAUCCUGUUAUUUUAUAUAAUAUGUACUCUAUUGAUUUAUGAACUUGAUCCUUACCCAUCAUGUUACAUGCUGACAUUGUACUUUAGGUACAGUCUUGUUUCCUGAAUCUCCUUUGUGCAUAUUUUUAGGCUCAAAUGAUUUAAUGUGCAUUUGUUGCCAGACACGGUCUGUGAGUCUUUUCUCAGUUGUGCUGCUGUCAACAGCAGAUAAUGAAAUUCCCAUGUUAUGCCUGGCAGUGACUGGUAUUUGAAUUGUGUUUAAGCCUUGGAUGUCCCUUGGCUGGGAUUUUGUUGGACAGAAGCAGAGUGGGGGUGCCCAAGGGCUGAGUGAGGGGGAAUGUCUGGAGUUGAUGGUAGGUCAGAGUCAGUCUGGAGUGGAAGAGAAAGAGGGAAGGAAGCAGGGAAGAGCCAGCUGAGGCCCAGCUUGAGGCUGUCCUUGGGUGGCUGUGAGGAUUACCUGGCUGGAGCUGUCGGGUCACCUGUGCAAGCUGGAUCUAUUGAGAGAAGGGUUCGCUGAAGACGGGGGAAUGGACCAGGAGAUGGGGACACUCUGGCCUGGCCUUGUGCCCUGAAUCUGUGAGGGUCUUCCUUCCUUCCUUUGAAAGUCUGGGCAAAAGAAAGCUGGGACAGUUUGGAACAGAGCCCCUUGAUAUUUACUUCCUUUUGAAACCUCAUGAAAACAUGGCUAGAGAGGAGUAGGCUCUUGUCGCUAUACCUAGACUAGUCAGAGCCAGCCCACAGCACUUAUGUGCAGAUGCAGCGCCGGGCAUGCUUUAGAGCCUGUGGCCGCUGGCACGAGUCUGUCCAUCUGAGCACGCUGGGAUCCUAGCCAGACGGUGGGCUUUUUCAUCAGUAGCCGAGAAAGUUUGUUUUGACUGGGUAAAUAUACCUUCUGGUCAGACCAAUUAAAGUAAAAACCAAAUGAUUUCUUUUAAGACAAUUCUAGUUGGCUUUCAUCAUGAUCUCCUAACAAGGCCUUGUCUGAGGAAGGGAUAUAUUUUUAAUUGUCUUGGUAACAUUGUGUAAUGUCAGAGCUACUUGUUUCUAUUGAAGUAAACACAGGGAUUAGGGUCUGAGUUAAGAAUUUUGUUUUUUAAUAGUUGACAUAAAAACAGUAAAAAAUAAUUUUAACAGCUAAAAUAGACCUGCUGGAAGAUGAAAGGAAAACAAGAGGAAAAAAGUUCCAUCAGCAGUAUCCAAACUUCCUUUCUUGAAAUGUCCCAUUUGUUCAGGGCAAUACCAUGACUCUGAGACCCAAGUUAGGUUUUCAGGAAAGGGUGUUACUUAUGAACAAAAUAUAAUAACUAUUUCCGUUGGUGGUUCUUGUAUUUUAGCAGAUUUGGAGGUACUUCAUAGUCAAAGUCAGUAAAAAUUUCUUACAGGUAAACUUUGUUUUCUGUGGCAAUGUUUUUAUAGCUCGUGGAGUUUCUUUUUUAUUUGGAAACAGUAUUUCUGCAUAGUUGUGACCAUGUGUGAUGGCAUUACUAUAACCAUAGUGUGCAUAAAUUUGUUUUCUCUGAUACUGUGCAUUUAAAAGGUUCAAAUGCAAACUGCUGUGGCUUUCUGUGGAGCAUCUGGCCACACAGCAUGCCACCUGUGGCCUGUCUACCUGUGGUGUGAGCUGCCAUGGAGCAGGUUCCUGCCUGUCUGUCAUUGUGGUCUUCUCCAUCAUGCUCUUGCAUGGGAGGUCAUGUUAUGAAAACUAACAAUGUGAUGAUAAAUCUACCUUAGGAGAAAGAGUGUGUAUGUUUUAUGUGAACCUGUAAUUAAAUAGAAAAUUAUGAGUAA